AUGGCUUCGACAGCUACAACAGUUCAUGCCCCAGAGUCGGCGUAUCGCCCGGAUCCGCCCCUCGGCACCAUGGAUUUCAAUAUGGACGACCUGAACGAGCCAACAACCCGUCCAAACCCACCACCCUUUGUGUUUCCUAGACGACCAUCCGAUGCAGACAACGACAACGACCCACCACCUCUACCGACAUUCUCGUUCAACCCCGGCAAUCUACAUGCUCCCAGCCCGUCAACAUCGGCGGUGCCGGUGCCUCGGCCGGGCGGCCAUCGUCGACGACCCAGUGAACUCAUCGGUGGUGAAGGGCCUCCAAGCCCUCGCAUCUUGAGUUCCAGUCCAGGGAAGUCGGAGAUGGACGUGCCUGGGAUGCCGCUUCCUGCCCCUGCCCCUGCUCCGGGAGGGCCUCCUCGCGGCCCUGGUCGACGGGGCCAUGCUCAUCGCCGCUCCCAGGCCAUGUCAAGCAUGGACUUGUCCGCAAUGACCAAGGCCUUUCCUCCCGCACUGACAGUUGGCAGCGCUCCCACAAGCCCUGCUGAUAUGAACCAUGCAUUCCAAGAUAACAUCAUGCAGCCAAUGUCUCGCUCAGCAGUCAGUUUGCUGCAUCACCCAACACCCCCAGAAUCGCCCGGGGACCGGCCGGACGAACACAACCCCGACAUCACAAACACCAUUGCCGUUCCAGCACAGAGGCCCCGUCCGGUAUCCCUGAUUUCGAAUGAAACUUCCAGCACUUUAUCUACUGUGCGCCCAAGUCAUUCCCGUGUCAACAGCGCCACUCCUAUCGCUACUCCUACGAAAGCAGACAACCAGUAUUCACAAAAACCCAAGGUUCGACCAAAGACUGCAGACGCCGCCUCGUUAAUGGCUCCUCAGCCCAUGGAUCAUAUGCCUCUUCCGGAUUUACCGCUUUUUCGGAGGUCGUCGCUCGGAAACAGGCUUAGCGAACCAUAUCGGUUGUCGUCCGAGUCUGUAGACACAGCUUCUACCAAAUCCAAGACCAAGAAAAAGUCUUCGAAGAAGCACCGGAAGAAAGCCUCUGAUCGUGAUGGCAAGGAUGGUUCCACAGGCAAAAUGCCAGGCGCUACCGAUAUGGCUCGUGAAUUGUCCAGCGAUAGGUGGGAAUCAGCAUCCAGCACAUUAUCGCGAGAAGACUCGGCGCGCAAAAUGCGCAGGUCUGCUAAAAGAGACAAACGAGAACAAAAAGUGCGCUCGUGGGCUGGUGCUAUAUUUCCGAUCAAGAGCAAGCGAACUCAGGUGAGGAAGAUAUCGCGACGAAGUCCAACUCCACCACCUAUUUUGACCCGGACCAAUUCCGACAUGGGGUCUAUUGAAGUGGAUUUCGAUACCGAUAACACGGUCAUCAUUAGAACGCCCACCAAUCCCAAUGCGCCUGUCUCGAUGAACCCGGACAUAGAACCAGCGUCCGAGACCGGUACUACGUUUGAGGCUGCUUGGAAACCACGCAGUUUUUACGAACAAAAUGCACCUGAUGAUACUUUUAGCCCAGUGAUUGACCUUGAUGCCGCCCUGGGCCCUUUCAACACACCAGAAAUGAACUCUGGUGGCCAGGUAGCCGGCAGUGCAUUUUCCCAGGCAACCAAACGUAUGUACAGUGGUGGCCGGCGAGGCGAAUUUGUUGGACCCGAGAUGCGAUAUCACCGUCGUGCCGAAAGUGCCCCCGAAAUGCCUCCUAUCGAUCGCAACGCUCUCGGAUUCCCUAGGCUGGGUAGCGAUACAACCAUGGCCCAUGCAGAUGUCUUUUAUGAAGAAGAGGAAGAUGCAUUCUUGGCUGAACAUGAGGACGACUAUGAAUCGACAUCCGAAGACGCCGAUACUUCCGUCUCAAGCGCCGCUGAAGACGAAAUACAGCCCUCGAGUAGUGAUACACUCCGCGUCCCCACGCAAGACAGAACAGUGCCAGCUCCCCCAUUCGAUGAUGGACUUGGCAUUCAUGUAGCCAAGAGGCCCGUUGCGGACCCUGUUCUCGAAGAUGGGCCGGGUGACGCUAUCAUUGAGGAUACCCACCCGAACAUUGCCAUUCGCACUUCGUCGUAUCAAGAAAUGGCAUCGAAGAAAUCUGUUGAGAUAUUUGAACCAGAUCAAUGGUUGCCUCCCCGUGCUCAAUAUGUCGGAAGUCCAGAUGUCUCUCCACACAUGUUGACAUUUGAAAAACGCCCAUGCUCUUCGCCUAUUGAUUUCAGCGGGAGUCUCCCGCAAUUAUCGUUUCCUUCCCGAAAGCCUUCGAGCUCUGCAUUCCCAUCUCCUGACCCAUCAAACAUGUCUUUUGAAGGGCCCCACUCUGCAACGGCCUCGUCAAUGACCGACCAGACCACAUUCAACCACCCCGCUCAGUAUUCCGCCGAGGAUAUUCCAUCCCUGAGUAGCAGUGCUUCGACCAAGACAAAUUCCCGUGGAAGGUUUUCAUCUGGCUUUUACGCACGAACGUCGGGAGAACGGCCAAUGUCAUUUUCUAAUCAUAAUAUGGUACCUCCUCGAUCAAGCCAUUCAAUGUCGGCGAAGCGAGCUAGCCUUGUGAGUUUGUCCAGGCUUGUGAGCGGGUCAUACGGCGAAAAGAGCAAACUUCGACACGAGGAGAAGCCUCCGGCGGACGAAACCGAGGUGAACCAGAAGAAAAACAAUCGCAUGAGCCGUCUUAUGUUUUGGAAAACGAGGGACAAGCAAAAAUCUCGGGGAGACGGCAACUAA